GCGGUGGCCCUGCGGGGCGCGCUCGGUCCCUGAGGUGCGGGCCUUUAUAAACGUUCCCGCUCCGUAGGCGGUUGUCGCGGAGAAGUUUGCGGGGUCGGGAUGGUCGGUGUGCGUGCGGUCUCAGAGCAGAGGCGCCCGGAGCAGAGCGCGCCAGUCCCGCCUCGCGCAGGCUUCGUGCUAGGGCUGGACGUGGGCAGCUCGGUGAUCCGCUGCCACGUCUAUGACCACGCGGCGCUGAUCCGCGGCUCCAGCGCGCAGAAGGUGGAAAGUCUUUGUCCUCAAACUGGCUGGGUUGAAAUUGAUCCGGAUGUUCUCUGGCUUCAGUUUGUUACUGUAAUAAAAGAGUCUGUUAAAGCUGCAGGAAUAGAGAUGAAUCAAAUUGUUGGUCUUGGCAUUUCAACACAGAGAGCAACUUUUAUUACGUGGAACAAGAAAACGGGAAAUCAUUUUCACAACUUCAUUAGUUGGCAAGAUCUAAGAGCCAUUGAGCUUGUAAAAUCUUGGAAUAAUUCACUCAUUAUGAAGCUAAUACAGAGUUCCUGCCGACUGCUGCACCUUUUCACUAGAAAUAAACGAUUUUUAGCAGUCAGUUUGUUCAGUUUCACAAACCAGCAUGUUUCUUUGAGAUUGGCCUGGAUUUUACAGAACCUGGUUGAGGUGCAAAAGGCAGUUGAAGAAGAUAAUUGCUGCUUUGGGACAAUUGAUACCUGGUUGUUACACAAGCUCACAAAAGGUUCUGAAUUUGCCACAGAUUUUUCAAAUGCCAGCACAACUGGGCUGUUUGACCCUUUUAAGAUGUGUUGGAGUGGGCUCCUGACUUCCCUGCUUUCAAUACCAUUGUCUCUCCUGCCUCCUGUGAAGGAUACGAGCCACAAUUUUGGAUCAGUGGACGAAGAGAUAUUUGGUGUGCCUAUACCAAUAGUGGCCUUGGUCGCCGAUCAACAAUCAGCCAUGUUUGGAGAGUGCUGCUUCCAGGCAGGAGAUGUGAAACUAACCAUGGGAACUGGGACAUUUUUGGAUAUUAAUACUGGAAAUAACCUGCAACAUAGUGUUGGAGGCUUUUAUCCACUAAUUGGGUGGAAGAUUGGGCAAGAAGUUGUAUGCUUAGCUGAAAGCAAUGCAGGAGACACUGGUACAGUCAUAAAAUGGGCUCAAGAAUUAGAUCUUUUCACAGAUGUUGCUGAGACUGAAAAAAUGGCCAAAAGUUUGGAAGAUUCUGAAGGAGUCUGUUUUGUUCCAUCUUUUACUGGAUUGCAGGCUCCUUUAAAUGACCCCCAUGCAUGUGCCUCUUUUAUGGGUUUGAAGCCUUCCACCAGUAAAUACCAUCUUGUACGAGCAAUAUUGGAAUCAAUAGCUUUCAGAAAUAAACAGUUAUAUGAAUUGAUGCAGAAAGAGAUCCAUAUCCCUGUGACAAAAGUCCGGGCAGAUGGAGGAGUUUGUAAGAACAAUUUUGUCAUGCAGAUGACUUCAGACCUGAUUAAUGAGAAAAUAGAGAGACCUGUCAACAUAGACAUGUCGUGCCUUGGUGCAGCUUCUCUAGCUGGCCUUGCUGUUGGAUUUUGGACUGACAAGGAGGAACUAAAGAAACUGAGGCAAAGUGAAGUGGUUUUCAAGCCACAGAAGAAAUGGCAAGAAUAUGAAAUGAGUAUGGAAAACUGGGUCAAAGCAGUGAAACGCUCCAUGAAUUGGUAUAACAAGAUGCAACAGUAACUGGAAUGAUAGAACCAUAUAUGGCUGGUUGAUGUGAUGUGCGGAUGAGACACAGCUCAGGGAUAAUAACAAAUAUGACGAUGACUGAGAAGAUUUACAAGGAGCUUUGUGCAACCUGAAAGAAAAAACAGUGCUUUUUUGAAUACAAAACAAAAAUCCCUCAUUUUUUAAUAUAAACCUGGGUAAAAUUGUAAGGCAACAGUACCUCAAAACUUUAUAUCUUCUGUUUUGUAGCAGAUUCCAAAGGACGUUAGCCAUUUCCAGCCAUAUUUUUACAGCUAUGGGUCCUCCUCCUUUUUAUACUGGGUCAGUGAUCUACACAAACAUAAUUAUUUACUAUCUGAGUUACUAGUUCUGGGUCAAGCACCAUUCAUGUUUUGUUCCAAAACUAAGUGACAAGUGUUCCUUUAAUUCUUUAAAAUUAAAUGGGCUACAUGAAGUUCAUAUAGCUAGAAAGAAUGAAGAAAUGUGAAAUUUUGAAAUGUUAAUAUUUAAAACCAUAACUGUUCAAUACUGUAUCUAAGUAUGAGCUCAAUAUGCCCCACAGAUAGGCUUACUUGUUAGUCAGUUCUUUCUUUUAUUGGGCUUAAAGACACUGCCUUAAUUUUUACUUGUUUAACCAAAUCUGAACACUCUUUACAUAUUGAAAAAUAACUUCAGUUACUGAAACUAAAAAGGGUAUUGAUUCAUCAGGAACAAGAAGAUAUUUUCUUUCUCAAACAGCAUUUCUUUCAAAAACUUCUGGCUAAGUAUGACAUCGCAUUUUUUUACAAAAUCUAGGUAGUGAAUAUAAAUCUUGCUUUUCUUUUCAUAUUCUUAUCUUUGUUGUUGAGAUGCUUGCAUAAAUGUCUUUUGCUUUUAUUAAGUGCCUAAUUGACAGCGCUUAAUUUGAAGAAGGUGCCCUAAUUCAUUGAUGACUUAAGAAUUGCCUUCAUUGCAAUAUUUAACUUGUCCAGGUAUCUUUUAUUUUUGUCCAAUCUGCUUAUCUCUCUGAGACAGGAGCAGUGGGUAGCGGACAGAGGUAAUCAGAGUAUAUCCAUGCUAAUGGCCCACCUGGGCCAGAGCUCUACAGAAAGGAGCAGGGAUAGUUCUGCAUUCUCAAACUUUCUUGAUAGAAACAAAUGUUAAAGAAUCAGAGUUGUGAGUAGCUUUAGGCCUGGUGUAAAAUUGUCCUAUGCCUGGAGACUACCUUCGAACCUUUUCUCGUAUUACUUGCCCCUCUCUCCAUUUGGGCUAGGUUCCAUUUAGAUUUGUAGCAAUAAUGAAUUUAUUUCCCUCUUAGUCAGGCUUUAUCACAUGAAGUCUUACUGUUCUAGAACUAGUUGUUAAAUACUAAUGUAAUUUAAAAAGUAACUUACAGAGAAUUUUGUGGUUACUGUCACAUAUAUCCAUUUCAGUGAUAGAUGUGAUCGAUCUAGAGGCUACAUUGCAUUUCUGCAAAUUCCAUUUCAGUGAACUUUGUCUUCUUAAAGUAUUAACAUUUUUGAUGGGAUCAUUAUAGCCAAUAUAUAGUAUCAUUAACUCCACUAAUUAAGAUUUGGAAAUAUUUUUGUUGAGUGGAGUUGUUUUGUUUACUGUAACAAGUCUGAUUCUAUUAUGUAGAUAAUGUUCUUU